UGGCUCAAAAUCCAAAGACAAACUCAACCAUUUUUCCUCACCAUUGAGUAUUAGCUAACCGUUCUUCUCUCUCUCUCUCUCACUCUCUCUCUCUUUCUCUCUCAAGCUAAUCAGAGAUGGCAGCUCCCAUCGUCGACGCGGACUACCUCAAGGAGAUCGACAAGGCUCGCCGCGACCUCCGUGCUCUAAUCGCCUGCAAGGACUGCGCUCCCAUCAUGCUCCGCUUGGCGUGGCACGAUGCAGGGACUUAUGAUGCGAGCACAAAGACUGGUGGACCUAAUGGCUCCAUAAGGAACGAAGAAGAGUACUCCCACGGAGCCAACAGCGGCUUGAAAAUCGCUCUUGAUUUUUGUGAGCAAGUGAAAGCUAAACAUCCUAAGAUUACAUAUGCUGACCUGUAUCAGCUUGCAGGUGUUGUUGCAGUUGAGGUCACUGGAGGCCCAACCAUUGAUUUUGUUCCUGGUAGACGAGAUUCAAUGGUUUCUACCAAGGAAGGACGAUUGCCAGAUGCGAAACAAGGUGAUACUUACUUUUUGAAUUGUCUGUAGCUUAAAAUUAUGAAGGUGUUUGUGGUAAAGGAUUUUCAGUUUUCUCUUUGCUUGAUAUCAUGUGUCACAACUAGUUCAUAGCUCUUGAAAAGAUACAUAUCCAGAAGAUUUGGUGGUCCUGGAUGAUGCACAUACAUAUUUGUGGUGUAGUGAUUGUUCCAAGUAGAAAAUGUGUGUGAGAAUGCUUCUCCAGGUAUGGUAAUAAGCAUGACGUUCAAUUAGGUUAAUGUCAACAGUUCCAGGUCAUCACUUGGCUGCUUUCUGCAGUUUCAGUUUCUGCUGGAUUUGUCCUAAACUCAUGGACUAGAUUAAAACAUGACCAUUUGGUUUCGUAGUUCCCUGAUCAUAAGCUGAAUGCCUUUUUAAGAAUGUUUUAUCAUUGAGGCGCUCAGUGGUGUAGCGGAGAUUUGCAUGCAUAUCUUUUGACAUGCCUUUGUGAAGCCACGGGGCAGAUUCUCUGGAAUCUCUCUAGCAAACUGCCACUGUGCCUCUUACUACCCCUCCACUUAUGCUGGAUGUUAGGAGCAUCUUCAUUUGUAGGCAUCACAUCAGCCAGCAGGCUAUAUCUCUUAGAGGAUCAGUUGUAGCAAUUACCCGCAAGCCUAUGGGAUAGUUGAUGCUUCCAAGUUCUCUGAAUGGAACUUUUUGAUCUGGGUUUGAUCUUUGUAAAGACAAAAUUCUGAUCACAAAAAAAAAAAUAAUAAUAAAUAAAGAGUUAUCUUCAAGAAAAAUAAAUAAAUAAAUAAAAGAAAGAGAUAAGCAAACAUGGAACCUAUAAUAUCUCUUCUAAGAAGGAAACUAUAGUAUCUUUUUCUCAAGCACUCUUGUAAUUUCUUAGUACAGCCAUAAAAAGAUUGCAAGACAACAUGGAGUGCAAAAAUAAAAAAAUAGAUAAAAGAAAGAGAUAAGCAAACAAGGAACCUAUAAUAUCUUUUUCUCAUUCUUAUAGUUUCUUAGUGCUGCCAUAAAAAGGUUGCAAGACAACACGGAGUGCUCUUAAAAACCUGUAAAAGCUGAACUGAGGUUUGCUUUAAUUUUCAAGUCUUCAUUUGUUUGGUUUUGGUGAUAAAAGAAUGUCUGCUUUCCUCUCCUUUUCUCUAUAAACUUGUUUGUGGGAGUCUCAUGACUCGAGUGAAUUGUUUGAAGGUGGGCAUUGUCAUGUAUUUAUGUUGUUGAUGGUAUCAUGU